UCUCAAAUCUGUAAUGCAAAUAUUGUGGUAUUUCCCAGCACUGGUACGAUACGUAUGUGUGUGUGUCGCUGACUGAUUUUUGACAAAUGAUUGCAAUGGAUGAGCAGCGCAGCGAUAAAAUCUAUGGCGGUUGCGAGGGACCGGACGCCAUGUAUGUUAAACUAAUAUCGUCCGACGGCCAUGAGUUCAUUGUAAAACGCGAACACGCUCUCACCUCUGGUACAAUCAAGGCUAUGUUAUCCGGCCCAGGACAAUUCGCCGAAAACGAGGCUAACGAAGUGCAUUUCCGGGAAAUUCCGUCACACGUUUUACAAAAGGUCUGCAUGUAUUUUACUUAUAAAGUUCGUUACACCAACAGUUCAACCGAAAUACCCGAAUUUCCCAUUGCACCCGAGAUUGCUUUAGAGCUUCUGAUGGCAGCUAACUUCCUAGAUUGCUAAACUAUUGGUUAACCUUAUGAUUAAAGAACAAUUAAAGAAAGAACUUUGAAUAAAGCUGAUUAAUAUGCC